AUGGAUACUAAUAAGCGCCAAAAAAUUAUACAAGUUUCAACGUACAUUGACCAACAUCUUCCAUCAUCAACUGUUCGAAAACAAAUUACCAAAAAUUAUUUACAUUUAUUUCCAAACGAAAUUUUAUUUUGUAUAUUCGAUUAUCUUUUACCUAUCGAUAUUGUUCGAGCAUUUCAAUAUGAUUUACAACGAUAUGGUGUGCUUAUUCAACAACAUAUUGCUGUAUAUGGUUUCAACUUAAUAAACAUUAAGUCAAAUGAUUUUCAUUUAUUACCAAUGUGUUUAUCAUUAAUCGAAAAGCAACAUCUAAGUAUAUGUGUUAAUGAUAAUUAUCUAUCAACUGCACUUAACUCUCUAUCAUCACUCAAUACCCUUACUGUGAUUCUUAAUACAUCUUUUGAACAAAGUUUUCUAUCAAAGAUUCAGCAUGAAUCAAUUAGCUGCAAGAAAUUAAUACUUGAAUAUACACCUAGUUAUCAUCGUCAAAUGAAUGAUAUCGAUAUUAUACCAUUAUUAUCAGCAUCAGUUAAUACACUCAUUCUACGUAACGUCGUUUUUCUUUUCGAUCAGUCAACAAUAAGUCAUAGUUGCAAUUAUUUACGUCAUAUUCGAUGCAUUUUAAAAAAUGAAAACGAUCUUCAUGAACUUCUAAUACGAUUUCCUAUGCUGAUAUCAAUUGAUAUACGACUUGUAUGUUAUAAAGUACUUGAAAUUUUGACAAUAUUACCAUUACCAAAACAUUUUCGAAUAGAAUAUCCAUCUAGAACAGUACUUAAUCUAAGCAAAUUUCCUCAAGAAACCAGAUAUUACGAUCAAACUGUUUAUUCUCUUCCUUGGUUAGAAACAAAUUCUUCUUUAGUACUUCGCUCUUGUAAUCUAGAAAACUAUCUAAACAUUUUUCCUCAGUCAUUAUCAUAUAUUCGUCAACUUACGAUUGAAUGUACAUCAGAGCCAUGGUCAUCUGAAUUCGUCAAUUUUCUUCAUCGAACAUUUCCCAACACACGUACAUUAUUAUAUAAUCUUAUUGGUAUGAAUAUUAAAUUGGAAGAACUUCCGAACGAAAUUCUUAUUAAUAUAUUAGAAUAUAUAGGUUCGCCUGUUGAUAUCUAUAAUAGUUUUAACAAAUUGAAUCGUCGAUUUAAUAUUAUUCUUCGAUCUAUUCGUUUAAGUCUCGAUAUAUUUUUGGAAGAUAAACAAUCUUUAACAAUUAUUCGUUAUUUUUCAGUAUAUUGUAAUCGUUUACGUGUUUACAAUGUUUGUCCAUUGAUUUCACUUGAACGAUUUUCACAAUUACGUUCAUUAAUACUGAUUGAACCGACUGAUGCACAAAUUAAUUCAAUUCAAUCAACAACAUUACCAAUGCUUGAAUAUCUUGCUAGUCCAGCUAGUAUGAUGAUUCUUGAUUGUCUAUUUGGUAUUAAUCAACAACAAUGGUCAUUUCUUCGUUCAUGUAAUUUUUAUUUUUUUUAUUUUCCAAAAGCAAAAUUAAGUUGGCAACCCAAUCGUGUACUUUGUACUCUUAAGGGUAUUACUUGUUCUCGAAUGACACUAAGUCAACUUCUUUCACUUCUUCCAUGUCUUAAACAUUUACGAGUUGAUAUGAUUUUUAAUGAUUCAUCAAAUUGGAAUAUGGAAAUAUUCAAAAAAACACUUUUAUCAUUGCGAAUUGGUUUUAAUCAAUUGAAUUAUGAUGAUCUUUGUGUAUUAAUUGCUCCACAUUUAUAUCGAUUACAUAUAGAAAUGUAUCACGAAGAGCUUUCUCUUAAUUUUGCCCAUUUAGGUACUUUAAUUGUCUCCUUAACAACAAGACUAAAACAAUUCAAUUGUGAUUAUCGAGGAAUGGAAAUACCAAUAGAUGAAAUUAAAGCUGCUCAUACAUUAUUUCGAAAUAUACAAUCAAUUAAAUCACAUUCGUAUGAUACUAUAAGUUUAAUAUGUCGAGAUGUAAUAUAA